GGAAUUAUUUUAAAGAGAAAUAAUAUAGUUGGUCAAAUCUGAUGUUGUGGAGUUAAUAUUAAAAACCUUAAAACCUAGAAAUCUGCUUAUAAACCACAAAAAAAACUACGACAGUUCUUCCCUAACGUAGCCAUCGUCGUUUUCAGCGGUAGCAUUAGUUUUACAUUACAAAUCAAUAUUGACAUGGAUUUUAGAAAAAGUAUGAGUGGCAUCUCCCUGAAUACAACCUGUGUCCGCCCCUGGUUGGAACUUGAAAGACAAUAUAAUAAAAGGUAGUGUAGUUCAUAUUCUAAAGCUAAGAACUUAGAAUCUGCUUCUAAACAAAACAAAAAUAAAUAAAACGACGACAGUUUUUCCUUAAUGUAGCUAUCGUGGACUUGAUCAAACCAGAAAAUUUCAAUCUCCCUUUAUAAAACCACAGUUCUUACUUCUCUUUAAACUAGACAAAAAAAAAGAGAAGUUACCUAAACCGUCUUGUGAGAUAUAUUAUAUAUAUAACUAAGAAAUAAAAUCGUCUUGUGAGAUAUCUAUAUACAUCUUCAUAUCAUGGAAAUUAACACCGAAGCAAACCAUCAAGAAUCAUCGGAGUGGUUCGUAAAAUACCUAAACCAUCAAGGCGACUGGUUAGAAAAAACAAGAGGCAACCUGAUGGUUGCAGCAACGGUUAUAGCCGGUAUGAGUUUUCAAAUUAUAGUUAAUCCUCCAGGUGGUGUUUGGCAAAGUGAUAAUUGCCCCUCUGGAAAUCAAACUAGUGUCGUACCGGUUUGUAAGGCGAAAGCAGGAACCUCGGUACUGGAGUAUAGUUCAAAGCGGGUGCUAUAUCUUGGAAUGAUUAUUAGUAGUACGGUAUCCUUCUCUGCCUCUAUGAGUCUACUUCUUCUCAUCAUCAGCGGUUUACGACUGAGGAACCGGAUGGUAAUGGGAAUUCUGGUAACGUUCAUGAUAGCUGCAGUUCUUUGUAUCUCGGCAGCAUUCUUCUUUGCAAUGGCUUUGGUUCAAUCCGACGAUCAAAUAAUUGUUUAUGUACUAACGAUUUAUUUGGGAUUUUGGAUCGUGUUUCCUAUAUUAAUACUCAUAAUCCAACUCGUCCGAUUUAUAUGUUGGAUUAUUUGUUUUAUAUGUUGUUGUUGUUGUCGCCCUCGUCGACGACGAUCUGCUUGACGGUUAUUACCAUUGACUCGAACUCCAGUCCAUUAAAGAAGGAAGAAAUCGUUGGCUCGAACUCCAACCCACAUAGAAAAUGAGACUGACGAACACUAGGAAAAGAAUCUCUCAUGUUCAUUAUUGUAAGUUUAAAUGUUCCUUGUAUGGUGUUUAUAUUGUUUAAUAACUGCAUUCGUCUGGUUAAUAAAUAUCGUAUGUGUAUCAUGAAAAAAUCUCUUGUAAAUUGUUGCUCUUUAUUUAAUAACAAAAAUUAGAUUUUG